AUGGUCAGUUGUGUAUUGCCCUUCUGCUGUGUGCCUUAUUUCAUUGUUCGAUCUCCUUGUUUGUUGUCAGGAAAACGUAGGCGCCAUAGAAAUUCCUGGGGGACUGAGCGAGAAGAUUAUCGAGCAUCGUGUCUCCCUGCACAGACAAUCAGCAACACCUUCGGCUGGACGGGACCCACAUCGAGAGGUCGUGUGCUGGAGCUGGUUCAGGCAUGUACGCCGAGUACAUAUACGGCGUGAGCUGGAAGCAAUGAAAGCCUCUCGUGGCCGGAUCUAUGUCGCCGCGUGCUUGUCUUUUCAGGGAGUCUUUUUCAGAAACGUACGUAGGCCGACCCAAGAAGGUGUGUGCAGGGUUGGACUAAUUGCAUGGCAUACCUGCUUUCCUCCAGGUUGUCUUCAACAUUCACGGUAGGUCAGAGUACGCACACUGCAUGUGAAUACGUCACUGUCUGUCCUUCUCGCGCACUGACCAAUAGAAAAGGGCGUGACGUGGCACAGAAACGAGAAACUGGUAAGACGGUCUAAAGAACAGAGCGUGUAGCAGACCUGCUGACGCUCUGUUGUGUGUGUGCCUGCGCAGGAUACUGAGUACAUUUUCAUGUGAGUACGCUUGGUGUACAACACGGAUACAUGUGAGAAUUCGCAUUGUGCGUGGUUGCAGGAACAAUGUCGUCGUCGGAGCCUCCAAAUGUGUCCGGUCAGUCGAGAGACAUCUCAAACAUCCAGGCAAAUUCACCAUCGAAAACAAGUAAGCAGCCCAAUGCGUCUCUCUCAUGUUCACCUUGUGCGUGUACGCGUACACAUUUGUGUCUCGCUGAUGUAGCCUGUUUGUGGACUGCGACACCGUGGGUGUGAACGUUGUGGCACCUGGCAACCAGCUGUUCCCGCGAGAAGAGUACAUCGUCGACUACAACCAAUAUAAGCUGCCUGCUGCUGCGAAGCUGGUCGAUAUCGGUCAGGGCAAGCCCGAUGACAGCGAGCGAUACAAAACGCUGGCGGAGCUGCGGGCAGCGGCGCGCGGCAGGUGGAUCGAGGGGUGGGAGGAUCACGGCAGCGACACUGUGCAGAUUGGAGAAGGCUUUCAAGCGAAUGAAUCCUUCGCUGAUUGGAGGAAAGGGGACAUCAACCAACACACAAUCAUCCAAUAUGACCCAUGUAAGCUGCCAUACCCAUCCAAAGGCGGCCAUUCAUGCCAUCUUUCUCCCUGCGCGCAGCAUGGUUUGCUCCGACCAGCGAUCAGAUCGGCGCGUCGAACCCCUCUUUCCAGCCUGAGGUCGAGCGGUUGCUGAGACACUUCAGUAUUUGCGUGCCAAUGGCAGCCGGAGAAGAUGUAAGCACCACACAGAGAAAUGGAAAAGCACCGUACAGACUUGUUAGGUUCUCUGUCUGUCUGCCUGUGUCUCACUUCUGUCGCUCCUGAUGUAUGUGCAGGUGCUGCCUGUGGGUCCUCAUUCCUCCGGCAACGACAAGUGCUUCAAGGGCAUUGGCACAAUAGGCGACAACUUCCAGCUGCCCGAAGGGGAACCUCAAGAUCAGCCAGAGAACGGCUCGCCAGAGAACGGCUCGCCAUCAGAGCCUACACAGGACGAGCUCGACAGCAAAGCAGCCCCGAUGCAUUCGAUGACGUCUGCAGCAGCUCUAGCGGCUGUUCUGAUGGUAUUAGCAGUCUUAUUGUCGUAA